AUGCCUAUGCACAACCAUUUGUCUGUGCAUUACUAUUUAAAUAAAAAUACAGAGUUGAAAGUGAAUGAGCUUUCUUUACAAGGAGCAUCACUUCACUUCUUGUAUGUGCUAGAACUGGACCACAACAAUCUGACAGGAAAUUUGCCGCAAGGCAUUUACCGUGGUGGAUCACUUGAAUACUUCACAGCAGCUGACAGCCAGCUUACCGGGCAAUCCCUCAAGGUGUCUUCCAAUUGGGGAUUGUGCAGAAGCUUACAGAGCCUAUCUAUUGCAAGGAAUAAUCUCAGUGGUACAAUACCAGCUGAGAUUGGAAACUCACGUCAGAUACACAGGCUUGAUCUUUGUUCAAAUCAUUUAGUUGGGGAGAUUCUAAAGAAAAUUUCAAAGUUGACAUCUUUGCUUUAUCUUUAUUUGAAUGGGAAUAAACUUUCUGGCAGUGUACCCCUGGAACUAGGACUUAUGCUCGCAAUAUAUUCGCCGUUUGUCCUCUUAGAAAUUUUCAUUUUUAGUUCUGAGCAUUUGUUACUCAUGAAGAGUUUAACCUUGCUUGCUCCCUUACUCUUGUGUGUUACUUUACUAUGUUCUUCUCUUAAUGUUGCUUCUGAUUCUGCAGCAGAAGCAUUGGCAAUCCUCAAAUGGAAAGCCAGCCUUCAAAGCCAAAACCAUUCUGUUUUGCUUUCCUGGAAUACUUCCAACAACCCAAAUACCAAAACAAGUCCUUGUGCUUGGUUUGGAAUCCAUUGCAACCAUGCUGACAGUGUUACAAAGAUUAACCUCACUGGCUAUGGUGUAAAAGAGUUGGACCUUAGCACCAAUGAACUUUAUGGCAUAAUCCCACCUAAAAUCAGUCAGCUCUCCAAACUCACCUACCUCGAUUUAUCCUUUAACCAGUUCUCUGGGAAAAUCCCACCUGAAAUUAGCCACCUUGUACAUCUUCAGACCCUCCACCUUGCUGGAAAUCAGUUGAACGGCUCAAUUCCUCGAGAAAUUGAAUUGGGAAACCUAAGGAAUUUGGUUGAAGUUGACUUGGACACCAACCGUCAAACUGGUCCCAUCCCUUCCACAUUUGGAAACUUGAAAAAACUGACGGUCCUUCAUAUGUUUAGCAAUAGUCUUUCAGGUCCCAUCCCCUCUGAGUUAGGGAAUAUGGAAUCGCUUUCUGAAAUAAGCCUUUAUCACAACAAUCUAUCUGGCUUGAUCCCAACCUCAUUUGGUGACUUGAGACAUCUUACACUUGCCCGCCUUUAUGGGAAUCAACUCUCUGGUCCAAUUCCUGUGGAGAUAGGAAACUUGAAUUCUCUUGUUGACCUGGAGUUGAGUGAAAACCAACUCAAUGGCUCUAUUCCUGCUUCACUUGGAAAUCUGAGCAACUUGGAAAUUCUGUUCCUCCGAGACAACCUGCUCUCAGGCUCCAUUCCUAAUGAAAUUGGAAACUUGAUGAAGUUGAGCAUGUUAGAACUAGACCACAACAAUCUGACAGGAAAUUUGCCGCAAGGAAUUUACCGUGGUGGAUCACUUGAAUACUUCACAGCAAAUGACAACCAGCUUACCGGACCAAUCCCUCAAGGGUUGAAAAAUUGCACUAGAUUGAAGAGAUGUCUUCCAAUUGGGGGUUGUGCAAGCCUAUGGAGCCUAUCUAUUGCAAGGAACAAUCUCAGUGGUAAAAUACCAGCUGAGAUUGGAAACUCACGUCAGAUACAAAGGCUUGAUCUCUCGUCAAACCAUUUAGUCGGGGAGAUUCCAAAGGAAAUUGCAAAGUUGACUUCUUUGCUUGAUCUUCGUUUGAAUGGGAAUCAACUUUCUGGUAGUGUACCCUUGGAACUAGGACUUAUGUCCAAGCUUUUGUAUCUAGAUUUGUCUGCAAACCAAUUGAGCAAGUCCAUCCCUGAAACUAUAGGGAAUCUGUUCAUGUCAUUCUACUUGAAUUUGAGCAUCAAUCAGUUUAGCCAAAGAAUUCCAAUUCAAGUAGGCAAGUUAACUAGGCUGGUUCAACUAGAUUUGAGUCACAACAUGCUUUCAGGGGAGAUUCCAGGGGAAUUUCAAAGUUUGCAGAGCUUGGAGACACUAAACCUUUCUCACAAUAAUCUCUCUGGUGAAAUACCAGCCUCUUUGGAGAAGCUCCGAGGCUUGUACACUGUUGACAUUUCAUAUAAUGAACUCCAGGGUCCCAUUCCCAACUGCCAAGCAUUCUAA